GCUGGUUCCUGCCUGGAGGAGGCUACAGUGGAUAGGACAGAGCAGCACAGAGCUGGGGGCAGCCUCUCUGCCUGGCAGGCUUCAUGGCGCAUGAGUCUGCAGCAAGAUGGACUCCUGGAGGACAGUGGAAUUCCUUGCUUCAGUGUGAUAGAGGCCUGAAUGGGGAGGAAAAGUCCGUAUUAACCCUUUACGCUGUGCACGCCGUGUCAUUUGUGUUAUGGGCCGUCCUCCUCGCCAUGGUGAUUGGAAAGUACUCGGAGAUGUCCAAGGAGCUGGAGCAGUUGCGGACUGGUCAAUCUGUGCUGAGAGGCAAUGGCUCCAAGACAGCGAAGCAACUGGAGACACUUCACUUCAACCAGUCUGCCAUAUACAGCACUGAGGUGAAGCUGGCCACGGACCUGAAGAGGCUGCAGUCGGACCAGGCCACACUGAAAGUGGAUGUGUCAGAGGAUCUGGCCAAAGCGAAAAGUGACAGAGAUGACAUCAGGGCUGAGGCCUACAAGAUUCUGGAUGCUAUCCAGAAAGGGAACGACUCUGCCUGCAGCAUUUGUCCAGCCGGCUGGCUGCUGAAUUCAGGGAACUGCUACUACUUCUCCACAGAGCAUAAAUACUGGUCCUAUGCCAAGCAGGCCUGCAAAGACCAAGGCGCCACGCUGAUUAUUAUUGAUAACCCACAAAAGCAGGAGUUUGUGACAAAGAACGCUAACGGCAAGCAGUACUGGAUCGGCCUGCACGACGUUAGCAAUGAAGGGGCAUUUAUAUGGGUCGACGACAGUUCUGUGUCAUACAGCAACUGGGAUCGAGGGGAGCCCAACAAUUUUGGCAGUGGCGAGGACUGCGUGAUGAUGCUCAGAGACGGGAAGUGGAACGACGCUCCAUGUGUGAUGAAUGAGGUUGGCUGGAUCUGUGAAAAGAAGUGGACUUGUUAAACUGUGGCCCGGAGGAACACAACACAGCCAGCGCAUCUUAAUAACCACAGAGCCACCCUGCUGCCCUUUGGCCCCUUCCAUGCAAGGUCUGCCAGCUCUUUACAAAUUUCAAUGUGUUAAACCUCACAGACCUCACCCCUUCUACUCUUGGGAGCAAGGUAUUAUCACCCCAACUUUAUAGAUGGGGAAACUGAAGCACAAAGACAUACCCAGGUCACAGCAGUGAAUCAGUGGAAGAGACUGGAUUAGUACCCAGACGUCCUGACUCCCAGUCCCCUGUUCUUAUUACACCACAGUAUUUCAGAUGGCUGGAAACAGGAGUCCUGACCACUCCUGCUCUAACCACUAAACCAUCCUCCCCUCCAAGAGCCAGGGAUAGAACCUAGGCAACUCCCAACGCUCCUGAGUCCUGACUCUAAUCCCUAGAGCCCAUUCAAUUCCCAGCGCUGGGAAUAGAUCCUAAGUGUCCUGAAUUCCAGCCCCUGCUCUAACUAUUAGACAAAAUAAACUCUUUCACAACGUGGCAAUUUAUUGGGUGGAAAACUCAGCUAGUCCCCUCAACUAUAUUAAUCCAUUAUCAGCAUUUAUGGGGAAAGGGGGCAGGAUCCUUACUGCGCGAGAAGUCGAAUUUUAAAACCUGCCAGUCAAUCCCAUCAACAUGGUAUAGAUCUGGUCAUAGCUCUAUAGUAAAGGAUGUGACCAACUUUCUGGUUUAGGGCAAAUUAUCCUCCCCUGCUAAUUAGGGCUAAAAUUUACACAUGUAUCUCAGAUUAUCCAUCUGUGGUGAUCUGCCAAAAGAGAAGUUUGGGGAGAACUAGACACGCAGUGUGAGAAAUCAAAGGUUUCAUUUCUGUAAAAUUGUCCUAAAUUAGCCAGGCAUGAAAUGGAGAGGAAAAGAGGCAGGGUUUAGCCCUGAAUCCUCAAAGGCAGCUAGGUAUCUAUCUCCACUCAGACCGAGCCCAUCUUUCCCACCUCGCAGGUGGGUGCCCUAAUUGCCAUGGUAACCAGUAUUCUGGGUGGGUUUUGUGGUGGCCAUGGCAUACAAACAGAAAUUAAAAUUCAGAAAAAUAACAUGCAAAAACCAAAAGCAGGCAGAGACAAAGCAGGCUGCUCCCUAAGGCAGAGAGGCAGCACUCCUCCCAUCUUGCUCUAGGAUGCCUGUCUGCUUGCAGACCUUGUAGGACCAGGAUAAAAAACCAUGACAUUUAGAGUGUGAGCUUAGAACUGUAACAAUUUUCAUUACACCACAAGUUUCUCUCCGUUUCUCCUGCUGGAGCUGUUCCACUUUGUAUAACUAAUUAAAUGAAGCAGGGACUGGACCCUGGCUCUCCACAUCCCAGGUGAGAGCCCAAGCCAUGAGGAAAGAGAGGAACACACACUCUCACCCCCAUCUGGCUUUGGGCAGGUUAGGCAUGCUCAGAGCAGGCCUCCAGGAUCAUCUCACACUGGCAAGAUAAGUUGCUGGGAGAGGCAAAGUGCCUAGUCUGGGAACCCUUUGGGGUCAGCAGGAUUUAGGUGUGAGAGCUCUCCACAGCGUGUGAGCUGUAGAGCGGGAUCGGCACUCAGGCAGCUUUGUGACUGUCAGCCUCAGAAAUUUAGGCACCUACAGGGUUCGGUGGCAGCUGAGCUGAGCAGCUUUUUUGAGGAUGUUAGUGGUGCCCAAACAUGGGCGGCAGGUAUCAAAAGCAGGAGAAGGCUAAGCCACCCCAAGCUGCCUGCCGUGGCCCCAGCCACACUCCACUCCCAGACCCUCUCCUGCUGCAUCCUUCCCAUGUGGCCGGGGCCCUGGGUUUGUCUACACAUUUGGGCUUGUCUACACAUCCAAAUGGAGGGGUGCUGCCAUAGCACUUAGUGAAGACACUUCCUACGCCGACGGGAGAAGCUCUCCUGUCGGGAUACUCCACGUCCCCGAGAGGCGGUAGCUUUGUUGAUUGGAGAAACCCUCCCGUCGACAGUGCUGUCUACGGUGGGAGUUGGAUCAGUAUAACUGCGUCGCUCAGGGGGUGUGAAUUUUCCACCUCCUGAGCAACAUAGUUAUAUCGACACAAGUAGGGAGUGUAGCCCAAGCCUUAGAAUCAGAUUCCUGGGAACAAGGAGGAAGAAUUCAAACUUUGCAUUCAGCGGUGUUUGCUUAAAAUUCACUAUUUUGGGGAUGUUAGUAAACUUCACUGUUAGAACAUUCCCAAGAAGCAAAUGCUAACAGGGGGCACAAAGAGAGAAUUGGUUUAAAAAUGCAAAGGAAUAGUCAGGAAUUAUUCACCCCACUCUCAUCUCGCCAGUCACCCUGCCCAAGAGUUGGUCAGCAUUCUUCCUGCUGAACAGGGACUAUUCAGUCACCCAUGCUGCGAUUUACCCAGAACACUGGGGUUAUCACAUCGACUCUUGCAAA